AAACAAUAUUGUUUCACAAGGUAACAGGUACUUGAUUUUGGUUCAUAAGGCCGAUUUUUGAUUUGUUGCAUCAUUAAUGUCUCUUUCCUGCUAAAAUUCACUAUUUUUAUCACGUGUUUCCCAAAAAAAAAACUAUACAACAAUAAGUUAUACACCCCAUUACAUUAUCAAAUUUCAUACCUCACCUUCCUCUAGGGAUGAAAACAAAAUCCGAACCCACGGGUACCCACCCUACCCAACUCGGUCAACGCGGGUAAAAUCCGUGUUGACGGGUUUUGGGCCGGGUUUGGGUUUAAACCCGUUCAAUAUUCAUUGGGUUGGGUUGGGUUUAGGUAAACCCGACCCAUGGGUACCCGCCCACACCCAUAUAAUUAAUUUUCUCGAUAUAUUUAAUAUUCUAAACAACUUAUCUUAUUUAUGUUUGUGGAGACAUGUCUAAUUUUUUCUUUCUAAUUGUGUAGAAUGAAGUUGAUGUUAUCGAGUGGAGAGUGAAGAAACUUAAUUGAAAGGAAGAAGUUUUCAAUUAAUCAUGUUAUUUAUGGAUAAUUUGUUAUUUGCUUGAAUUUUCUAGAAUGGUAUUUUAUAUAUGGAUAAUUUGUAUUGAGAGACUGAUAUUUGACUUUAAUUUUGAUAGCAACUUGUUAUUGUAAAUUUUUUAAGACAAAAACCUGUGGGUACCCAUGAACCCGCGGAUACCUAGGGGGUUGAGUUGGGUUUGAGUUUUUCAAACCCAGUGGAUUUUACCCCGAAUUUUUUUCACGAAUAAACCCAUGAAUUUCGAUUUGAAUUUGGCAAAACCCGACCCAACCUGACCCAUUGCCAUCCUACCUUCCUCCGACUAAAUGGCCGGGGCCCACACUAGUUAUCUUAAAAGCUUAUAAUUAAUAGGGGUGUUAUUUUUCCAACCCUUUAGGUAAUCAUACUCUCUCACCCCUCUUCCACUGUACGCUCCGACCCAUCUCCGACAACCUCCGCCAUAUCGGCCACCGCCUCUUCAUUAACAACGUAUAAUCCAAGUUUAAUUAAGUAGCAGACAGCUAAUUUUGUCUUAGUUAAGAACCAAUCAAAGCAAUUGCUUUUGCCACGAGGAAUCUGCAACAAUUAUUGAUAAAUAUUAUAUUCGUAAUUAUCGUUGUUGUUUAAUAAUUGAUAAUAAUGUAGAUCCUUGAACAACUACCUAGCAGUUGUCUCUCUUGUCACAACAUCAUGUGCCCAGUGAUAACAAUUUUUAAAUUAGAAACCCCCCAAAUACAACUUCCAGGUCGUUUGACAACUGACAAGUACAUAUAUAUGUUGAUUUAUAGAGGUAGAAGUCCAAUUUGUAAUUAUUAUUAUUAGCGGCUACGUUAAUUGUUAGGUUUAGUGUUGAUUCCCUUUAAAUAGCCAAACUGUAUUUUGUAGCAGGUUAAGCCGUUUUGCUCUAGUGAAAUCCUUUGGAGAGUGCCGUCCAGGGAUGACAAUAAUAUCCAUAACCGUGGAUAUCCACCCGAAACCGGCCUAAUCGAGUAGGGUAAAACUCGAACCUGAAAGAUAUUUAGUGGGUACGGAUAAAACCCGAACCCGAAUAUUGUGGAUAAUGGGUGGACAUGGCUUUCUCACUAUCCAACCUGAACCCGCCCGGUUAUACACAUGCAUAUGUAUUUUGUCUAGAAAUAAUCAUUUUUUCUCUAACAUAUUUUAUAUUUGGCAUAUAAAUAUAAUAUUUUCAUGAAAUUGUGUUGUUUUAAUUAAUUUUCUUCAUUCUAGUGAAUUAUUGUUGUACUUUUCCUCUUACGUAAUGUGAUAAUACGUGUGAAUGUUAACAUAUUGGUUGGAGUUAUGAAGAGAAAUUAUUACCCAUGAAUAACCGUGGAUAUCCGAAACCCGAACGAGUAUGGGCAUGGUUUUAAUUUUCUACCCGUUUCACAUUUGGGUAUGGGUAUGUGUAAAACCCUAACUACUUUGGGUAGGGUAACAGAUAUGCACUAUCCGUCCUCGACCCGACCCAUUGUCAUCCCUAGUGUCGUCUCUCUCGUGGAUUAGUCCUGAUCAUCAGGGAUACCACGUUAAAUCUUAGUGUUUUAUGCCUUUUAGUUUGAUUAAUUAUCAUGGUAUCAAAUCCUAUGCACUACUAGAGUUAGUACGCUUCUCGUUUUCUUGGUGGCGGCAGCGUGAGUUCUUCUUCUAGCAAUCUUGUUUGUUUUGGAGUUUGGUGAUUGUUGGGUGUGUAGCUGUCGUCUAGUGAGGAUUUGCUUUGUUGCUGUCUUUGGGACUAGGUUCUUUUGUUGGCGGUGUGGUUGUUAAUAGUUGUAGCGGCAUGGAUCUAUCUAAGGCGGAUUCGGUGGCUAUCAAAUUUGAUGGCAAAAACUAUGCCAACUGGGAGUUCCAGUUCCGCAAUUUUGCUGCGGGAGAACGUCUGUUACCCAUUAUUCUUGGGGAAAAGAAGCAGCCUGGUGAAGGCGCUGCAGAGAAGGAGAUGGAAGACUGGGUGGCUGCCAAAGCGCAGCUCAUCGUCUAGUUAUUGGCGUCGAUGGAUAUCCCUACUAUACUAACCUUGCGUCGGUUUGCAACGACGCAUGAGAUGUGGCGACAUAUCACAUCGACGUAUGCUUAGAAUAGUGCUUCACGACAAUUCCAGAUUGAAACUGAAAUUGGUCGUCUUAUGCAAGGCGACAAGGAUAUUCGCGGCUAUUAUCAAGAGUGUCUUCAUCUGUGGGCCGAGUACGAUAUGCUGACUGCCACCCUUGUUCGAGAGGCUACCUCCGCUGCUAUGUUGGCCGAGAGAGCUCGAACUCGAGUACAUCAGUUUUUGGCGAAGCUCUGAUAUGAAUUUGAACCCAUUCGCGCCUCACUGAUUCAUCGGAAUGUCACGGCUCUCGAUGACGUGGUUGUCGAGCUUAUGCGCGAGGAGACGAGACUUCGCAGUCAAUCUCAACUUGAUCAUCCGAAUUCUUCGUCGAAAUCAGCCUUUGCUGUUGGUCGACCAGCUGCUGCCUCUCGACCUCAGUUUGCGGCAACAGUUCCGGGGGAUGUGAUUUGCCAUUUUUGUCGUGAACCAGACCAUGUGCAGAUUCAUUGCAAGAAAAGGAAUUUCUGUAA